CCCUCAGAUCACCGAUAGGCCGACGGGAGAUCGAGCGCGUCCAUGCGUAUAAAAACCAAAAGUCCGCUGGUAUCGCAAACACAGUAGGAAAUUUGGUUUUGUGUGUCGCUUUAUGGAUCGGCUGCCUGCUUUGUGUCGAGAAGAGUAGAAUCAGUCGGCGAAAAACUUCUGGAGUGCAGUCAUUAUUUUUUUUUCCCAAGGGCGCGUUGGUUGUGUUUUUCCCGAGCAGAUCCGGAGUUCAACGGCGACGAGCGAAGCAUUUUUGUGGAACUCAACUUCUGGAGAACUUUGUGACGGGAAUAUUCCGCUGCACAAUGGAGUUAAAAGCGUGGCUGUCAAUAUGUCUCAUCUUUGGGAGUUUUACAGUGAGAAUCGGGCACGUUUACGCCUCGGGAAUUUGGUGGACGCUUGGGACCGCUUACACAUUUUCUGAGGAUCAGAUCUUCGACUACCCGUGCCGGCGAAUCCCCGGAUUCCAGAAUCGACAGCUUCGCUUCUGUGAGCAGAACGAAGAGUUUGUUCCGACCGUGGCAGAGGGCGCCAAACAGGGCAUCGACGAGUGCCAAUUUCAGUUUAGAGGCAGACGAUGGAAUUGCACAACAAUCAGGGGGGACAAUUCUGUCUUCGGUAAAAUUUUGCAAUUCGGUUCGAGAGAGAAAGCUUUCGUUAACGCCAUCUUUUCAGCGGGCGUGGCGCACUCCGUCAGCCGAGCGUGUUCUCGCGGUGAUUACCUUCAAUGCAGCUGCGACACUAGGCACCAGGGACCAGCCGACAAUCCACACCAGAUAAUUCCAAAUAGCACGUGGCGAUGGAGUGGAUGCAGCGAGGAUGUUGACUUUGGUCUUGAAUUUAGCCGUAAAUUCAUCAGUUCCAAGGAGCUGCGAACAAGGGCCCGUGUGAUAAUGGACAGACACAAUGACGAGGCUGGGCGAAAGGCAGUAGCAGAUAGCCUGGAGCUCAAAUGUAAAUGUCACGGGAUCUCAGGCAGCUGUGAGUUAAAGUCUUGUUGGUGGCAGAUGAUGCCGUUCCGCUCGCUGGGCGCCAAGCUCAAAGACAAGUACGACAGCGCGGCCGAGAUGCGAGUGGUCCGCCAAUCGGAGGCGCGCGGUAAGGUAGAGGUCCUGGAACCCAAAUCACUCCUCUAUAAGCCCCCGACCAAGGCGGAUCUGAUCUACUACGAACCGUCGCCGGACUACUGCCGGUACGACCCGGAGCUGGGCUCCCUUGGCACCGUAGGACGCUCCUGCAACCGGACGUCGGAUGCCAUUGACGGAUGUCAGCUCAUGUGCUGCGGACGAGGGUACAAUACCAUCCGGAAACAGGUCGUAGAGCGAUGUGACUGUAAGUUUGUGUGGUGCUGUAAAGUGAUUUGUGACGAGUGCGUCCGGAACUACGAGCUACACACGUGUAAAUAAAUAGACUUGCGACGGACUGAAUCGAAGGGUUGUUUUGUACAGGCCUCUCUUCUAUUAGAAAUUUGUCAUUGUUUAAGGACAAACAAGGCUUCUUCUAACAGUCACAUUUAACAGUAAGAUCGAUUCGUACUGUAUCUCCUUAAAUUAUGUGAUCAAAUGGACAACAAACAAACGUCACGUGGACUAUGUACAGGUGCUUUCAAAAGCACAAACACUUCAUGGAUUUGUAUGAAUUUGAAGGAGCUGUGUGUCAACUGAUAUGCGACAAUAAGGCACCACGUCUGGAACCUUCAAUGUUAGAGGGACACAUUUUGCGUAAACGAUUCCUAACGAAGCAAAUAUUUCAUUUGUCGUAAUUCAUUUUAAAGUUACGAACACUGGCGUAGUUUUCGCAUUAGGGGGUAGCUUUUUCUUUCAGUGCUUAAGAAAGAAUGAGAACAAACCUUCUAUUUUAGACACAUUUUAGUCGGUUUUCCUGUCUAAAAAUAACAUAUAGUACAAUAAUCCUGUUCGUAAAAUUUAGAUUUCUUGUACUGUAUACUUCGUUCCUUGUUGCGUAUAAAAUAUCCUGAUAAUUUGUAGAUAUUGUCCAUGACUUUGUAAAUAAUUUCUAAAUGUAAUAUUGAGCAGUCCAGCGUUUCAGAACUUAUGCAAUGUACACUUUUAAGACUGAGUAUUUUUUCUCCGGCGGCCAUAUUGUCCGGUACCCAAACGCAAAGCACGGAUCAGCCUGGAAGUUUCGGUGAGUCAGACUUACAAAAUGGCUGCCUUCGGCUUACUUACUAAAAUAAUGUUACUGUUAUGAAUAACGCUCUGUAUAGAAUUGGAUGAAGUAAGUAACCGUAUGCAAACACAGCUCAAUUUAUUGCGGAGGUGUUUACUUUUCUUUUUGUACAUAUACAUUAACGACUUGCUGCGCUCCUUAAAAUGUACUUUUAAUUUAUUAAACUGUUAAAUAAACUGGCGCAAAAUUGAAACCUAUGUUUAAGAAACUGCAGUUGUUCUUUCGGCAUAUCCCCUUCAUCCGUAACAAGCAAGGAAUCAGUACAAUCAAAUCACCGCUGUGGGCUAAUUAACCCUAAACUAUUUUUUUAAAAUAGUCAUGGACUUUUAUACGACAAACGUUGUGCCUCCAAUGGCCCAUAAAUAAUGAUAAAAACUGAUUAGAUUUGAGAUAACUUCACAUCAGUUAGUUUCAGGUCUUUUGGAAGUAUACUGUACACAAUUUCUAAAUGAAAGUAUACUGGAAAUUGUGUUUCGAGCAUCUUUCUAAGUAUCGACGACAAUUCUAUACUGAAAUUUGCUAAAAUGAAUUUGCAAGUUGAAUUUGUGUACGUCAAGCCGUCGCUUUUUUGCUUCGUAAAGUGAAUUUUUUCAUAAUAGAAACUGACUUAUAUAGAGUUGCAUUAUAUUCCAUUGUAUUUAUAUGAAUAAGGCUUUUGCAACUAUUAAUUUCUUGAAAUAAACUUAAUAUUAUUUCUGUAAACACA